GGCCGGCUGGAGCCGCAAAGCGCUCGUCCAUUUCCGCCGCGGAGCCCGGCAGCCCGAGAGCCCCAGCGGAGCGCCCCGGAGCAGCCAUGAGCCGCAGGGUGGUGCGCCAGAGUAAGUUCCGGCACGUCUUCGGGCAGCCGGUGAAGGCCGACCAGAUGUACGAGGACAUCCGGGUGUCCAAGGUGACCUGGGACAGCUCCUUCUGCGCUGUCAACCCCAAGUUCGUGGCCAUCAUUGUGGAGUCCGGCGGCGGAGGGGCCUUCAUGGUGCUACCCUUGGCCAAGACAGGGCGCGUGGAUAAGAACUAUCCCCUGGUGACUGGGCACACAGCGCCCGUGCUGGACAUUGACUGGUGCCCUCACAACGACAACGUCAUUGCCAGCGCCUCCGAGGACACCACGGUCAUGGUCUGGCAGAUCCCCGACUACGUGCCCAUGCGGAACAUCACAGAGCCCAUCGUCACCCUGGAGGGGCACUCCAAGAGAGUGGGCAUCAUCACGUGGCACCCCACGGCUCGCAACGUGCUGCUCAGCGCAGGCGGAGACAACCUGCUGAUCCUGUGGAACGUGGGCACGGGCGAGAUGCUGCUGACCCUGGGCGACAUGCACAGCGACCUCAUCUACAACGUGUGCUGGAACCGCACCGGCAGCCUGCUCGUCACCACCUGCAAGGACAAGCACGUGCGCGUCAUCGACCCCCGCAAGCAGCAGGUGGUGGCGGAGAGGUUUGCCCCCCACGAAGGAAUGAGGCCCAUGCGGGCCGUCUUCACACGGGAAGGACACAUCUUUACCACGGGCUUUACCCGCAUGAGCCAGCGGGAGCUGGGCUUGUGGGACCCGGAAAACUUUGAGGAGCCGAUCGCGCUGCAGGAGAUGGACACCAGCAACGGGGUGCUGCUCCCCUUCUACGACCCCGACUCCAGCAUCGUCUACCUGUGCGGCAAGGGCGACAGCAGCAUCCGCUACUUCGAGAUCACGGCUGAGGCUCCCUACGUGCACUACCUGAGCACGUACAGCAGCAAGGAGCCGCAGCGCGGCAUGGGCUUCAUGCCAAAGCGGGGCCUGGAUGUCAGCAAGUGCGAGAUCGCCAGGUUCUUCAAGCUGCAUGAGCGGAAGUGUGAGCCCAUCGUCAUGACUGUGCCGCGGAAGUCAGACCUGUUCCAGGACGACCUGUACCCCGACACACCCGGCCCCGAGCCGGCACUCGAGGCAGCCGAGUGGCUGGCGGGGAAGGACGCGGAGCCCAUCCUCGUCUCGCUGCGGGAUGGCUACGUGCCUCUCAAGAACCGUGAGCUCAAGGUUACCAGGAAGAACAUCCUGGACAACAAACCUCCCAUGGUGCCGCGCCGCAGCCACUCCACCUGCGAUGCCAAUUUCUCGCGGCCCAGCCUGGAGGAUCUGCUGGAGGAGAUCCGAUCCCUGCGACAGACUGUCCAAGCGCAGGAGAAGCGCAUCUCUGACCUGGAGAACAAACUCUGCAAAUUCACCAACGGCACAGCCUAGCGGCCCCCACAUCGCAGCCCCCAGCAGACCUAGCCUUAUUGACAGGACUAAAUCCAACCCCCAGGGGAGGAGCUGGGAGACGUGUUUUACCCUGGCCCCGGAGCUGCGGGCAGGCCCCCUGCGGGCAGGCCUCAGCCCCUGGUGCCAUGGGCAGUCUGCAAAGGAGCCCAGCUGGUGAUGGUGGAUUGCUCGGCUCUAGGGGUUGCUCCCUGGGGCCUCUGCCAGCGACAGAUGCUGACCCCCCUCUCCCUCCCUGGCUGUAACUGAUUCCGCUUCCCGCCCUGUGGCUGACGUGUGGGGAAGCCCUGUGGGGGGCAGAGGAGAGGGGGAGGUAUUUGUUUGGAAGGUCCCUGGCUGCCCACCCUGAGCUGCUGCUAUCUCUGCCCCCGUCCCCAGCCAGGUCCAGGUGCUGACAGCGGGUGGUUACGUGGCUCAGAGAGCCCAGCCUUCUGAGGCAACGUAUUUAUGGGCAAAUCCUCAUCCUUUGCACUGUGGGGGCUUGCUGGGCCCCCUGCCUGCUGCCUGGCCCUCCCCGGCCGGGUCCCCAUCCCCUCAGCCCCCUGCCCUGCCCGUUUCUGCCUGGCCCUCCUCCCCCAGGGCCUGGGCCCCUGACACUGAUUGGCCUGGGGAGCUGCUCCGUAGCCCAGAGGCCUGCUUGUGAUGAGCUCCCAUCUUCCCACUCGGCCCCAUUAGUGGGAAGGUUUCCAGCCAGCAGCCUCAGCCCACUGCCCGGGCAUGUGUGCAGUGGGGACUCGUGCCAGGCAAUGGACAUCGCAUGGGCCAGGAACCCAGGCUGGGCAAGGGCCCUGGCAGCCAGCCCCUCCCAGCGCACACUGCAUGGUUGGGUGCCAGGGCAAGGCUGGGCUCUUGGGAGGGCAUUGCUCAGGCCUGCUGUGUGGGGUGCAGCACACAGUGAGCUCAGGGACUCCCCUCAGCCAUGGAUGGGCAGGCAUUGAGCUGGGAGCCCUCAAAGCAGAAGGGGGCAGAAAGCCCCCCCAGCCCAGCCUGCCCCAUCCAUGCAGGGCACCCUGCCAGCCGUGUGUGUGGGUCAGCCCAGAUCCCCGCUGGUGAGGUGCCCCUAAGCAGCAGCCUGGCCCUGGGGACUCCGCUCUCCCUGCUGCCGGGCCAGGCCUGCUACAGAACCCAGAUUUUGGUGGUGCUGGGGGCUGCGUGUCGCCUGCAAGUUCUUGGUCCCCUGGUGUUGUACCUGUCCCUCAGCAAUAAACGCUGCAUUCU